AUGAAAAAAAUCAAUAAUCAUGAAUCUAAUCAAUUUAUUGAUUAUAAAACACGUCAAUUAUUAUUUUUUCAUUGUCAUUUAAAAUUAAUUAAACAAAUAUUUAUUAAAAAUAAUGAAACAUUUAAUGAAACUUAUGCAAAUUAUUUAUUAAAUAAAUAUUUAAAUAAACAUAGAAAAUCAAAAUGUAUUGCCUAUUUCCUUAUUGAUCGUAUACGUUUUAAACAAUAUAAAAAUGUAAUUUAUAUAAAACCAUUUCGUAAAGAACUAAUUUAUCGUGAAAUUAAACACUUUUUUAUAUUCCCUAAUUAUCCACAAUUAUUUAUGUUAUGUAUUAUAAAUGAAAAUAAUCAUAAUAAUCAUAAUCAUAAUAAUAAAAAAUCUUAUGAAUUAUAUCAAUGUAUGAAUUAUAAUGAUGUUAGUACUGUAUGCCAUUUAACCUAUAAAGCAUCUAUUAAUUUAUAUCAUACAAUACAUGAUCCAAUCACAUUAAAUCAUUUAUUACGUAAUAAUAAUAAUGAUAAUAAUAAUAAUCAUUAUUAUUAUAAUUCAAAACAUCAAUUCAAUUAUUCAACAUUCAAUAAUUCAUUGAAUCAAACAAAUAAUCAUUUGAAUGUUAUAAAAUCAAUCAAACAAAUUGAUCAUCCUAUUGUAAAGAAUAAUUCAAAUUUAAAUUUGAAUUCUAAUUUAAUUAUUCAUAAUUCCAAUGAUUAUUCAAUAAAUAAUAAUAAUAAUAAUGAUAAUAAUAAUUAUUAUUUAAUUAGAAAAGGAUCAAUAAAAAGUACAUCAAAUUUAGUAUGUUCUAAUAAUUUACAAUUAUAUCAACCAAAAUUUUAUUCAUUAUAUAAUUUAUAUUCAAAUAAAUCAGAAUAUAUUAAUCCAAAGAUGAAUAUAACAAAAAAUCAUGUAUAUAGUGAUUAUUCUGCAAGCAAACUGUUCCCUAUCCCUUACAAUAAUAAUAAUAAUAGUGAUGAUAAUAAUAAUGAAGAAGAAGAAGAAAAACAUAUUUAUAUCAAAGACAAUAAAUUAUUCAAACAAAAGACAUUAAAUGUAACGUCUUCAACAUCACCAUUAUCAUUGACAACAUUUAAUGAUGAUUAUGAUUUCGACAAAUAUAUACAUACAAAACAAGAUAUAUAUUGUACAAAUUAUCCUAUGAAUACCAAGAGAAAUUCAAUUGAUCUUAAUCAACAUUUAAGUCAACCAUUAGAUUGUAAUCAUAAUGUUAGAAUGUUAAAAACAAUGACAAUACCUACAGGAAAUAAAGUUUAUUAUCGUAAAAACGAUUUAAAUAUUUAUCAUGACAAUAUGAAUGUGAAAAUGAAUGAUUAUGGUUUUUACAAUGAUUAUGAUGAUAAUGAUGAUUAUAUUCAUCUUGAAAAUAAACUCAGGAAGUGUAAAUCUAAUAUUGAUAUAGGGUCAGCUGAUACGACUUAUUUAUGUUAUGAUCCAGUUGUUGGUAUACGUAUAAAUAAUAAGGGCCCAAUUUAUAUGUAUAUGGCACGUUAUAAUUCUACUGUAAUAUCAUCAAAUCAUGAUUGUGUAGAUUUGGAAACUUAUUAAACAAUAUAUUACUUAUAAUCUGUUUUGCAUAUUUCAGUUUUGUCAUAAAAUUCAACUCAAAUUCAUUUUAUGUAUAUAUACAUUCUCUAGAACUUUCAUCCAUGUGUAUCUUUCACUGUUUUGUAUAAGAACGAUGCAAAUCAGAAAUGUAAUGACUUUUUUUUUGAUGAUUGAGAAAUAUGUGAAGCUUGAAGAUUAUGUUACCUAUCUGUUGUAUUUUUACAAAGGUAACCAUUCAAUCAGAAUGUACAAAUUAUUGUCUAACUUUAAUAUAAAAUGAUUACAGUGUUAUAAUAUUUCAUAAUUUUAAUAAUUCACAAUUAAUGCCACUGAUGUAUAAAAUUAAUGUAUAUUAUUACUACGAUGUCACAGAAUUAAUGGUGAACUGUGAGAAUCAAAAUGUCCAUGUUUCGAGGUUUAUGGUAAUAUUUUCUACGUUUCUAUCGUCAACGAUUGUAUGUUAUAUAAUAUUUAACACUUUUAUCUUUGAAUCAGUUCAUUUGACAAAUAAAUUUGUAAAAAUGUUUUUAAAGGUGGUAACUUUGAAAAGAUUCGACUACUUAAUUCACUACUUGCAUGCCUGAAAUUAACAUUCACAGAACAACUUUCGAUUAAAAAUAACUAUUUAUAACUGGCUAUAGCGUGCUCUGAUAGUCUGAAUGAACACUAUGAAUAUUAAAAUUUAACAAACCUUUCUACAUUUCCUAUAUAUCUUUCCUUCAUAUGUAAUAUGAGAAGGUAAUCAGUCAACCUGUUUAAUAUUUGACUUACAUGCAAUAAUAUACUCAAAAAAUGAUCUCAAUUUGUGUAACCAAUGUUACUUAAGUAAUUAUCAAACUCACUUAAUGACAGGUGGAAAUUAAGACUAAACAGUUUUUUGAUAGUUAAGAAUGAAUCUGAGCAUAAAUGAAAAUAAUAUUUAGUGGCCCAACAUCUGACUCCAAGUAGAUCGUAUGUUGAUUGCUAAUGAAAUAUACAUCCUGGCUACCCUCGUAUAUACACAUCGACUUUGAUCGCGUUGGUGAAUAACGGAAUUAAAUAAAUCAAAUAUGAGAAUGAAGUUUUGAGUAUGUAAAUAUUGUACAAUCAUUGAUCGUAAAGCGGAGUAAAACAAAAUGACGCGUAAUGUAAAUGGCGAGUGAACCAACUCAAUUUAACCAAGCAUUGAUCGAUAUUUAUAGUCAGAUAAAAAUAAAUUACAAACAUGUGAUGAAUAAGAUAAGAAAUGCACACAAAAAUACGCUUACAUAAAAUUAGUCAAGGUUGGUAAACGAAGAAUUAACAACGUCAAAAUAUGACUCAACAAGAAUGGAUAAAUUGAUCUCUCCAGAGGAUAGAAUAACCUAUGUGGGCUUGAUAUGGUAUCAACUCCUGUAAAUAAAUAAAUUGAUUCACCAUAUUGAGUUGGAUACGAUUAAAUUUUUCAGGUAUAUCGACAAUUUAUCUAAAUUCUAGAAUAUUAGUAAUAAUGGAGAUACUAUUCAAAGAAUAUAUGAUUAUUCCAACAGAUUACAACCCAAACAAUUUAAUUCUCUCUUAUAAAGAAAAUAUUACAUAACACGAGAUUUCUAUGUGAUAACAUGUUUAGAUAAAUUUAUAAACAAUAAUCAUCUUUGGGAUCUAAUUAAAAAUUUUUUACCAUUCUAUUUUGUUCUGUUGCUAUCUUGGAGACAAUAAUUUCUUUAAAAAGAAAAGAUAAAAUAUCAAUCUAUGGAAAAUCAAUAACUCAGAGUUGUUUACAUACUAUAUGUCAUACCUAAUAGUAAAUUAUCAAAUGGUUAUCACAUUUUAUGAUCCAUAAUUGGUAAAGAGAAAAAUGUCAUAUCAAUUAAAUUAAAUUACUUUACCAUUAAAAAAACAAUAAUGACUAAGCAAAUUUUUACAGUUUACAUUGUAACUAAUUGACUACAUUAUGUAGAAACAUUAUUUAACAUGACAGUUUACACUUGUACAACAGAUUGAUAUGUAAAGCAUGAAAUUCUGUGUUGUAAAAUUCAAUAAACACUUUACCAAG